ACUUCGAGGGUGAGUUUGUCAACAGUUGGGUGUGACGAAUGAGUCAACUUGAAAAAAUGUAUAGCGCGGCUUCUACAAGUUCAGACAAACUUCUUGAAUCUAUAAUUGAUAUGACUAAUUGGGUAGGUUAGCCUACAAUUCACGUGUAGGUAAACUACAAAACUGGUCUUUAUUUGAUCGGGUGUGACAGUUAGGUAUCGGGAUGGGAAAGCAGGUUAUUCAAGUUUGCACCUCUCUUAAAACGGGCACCUGCACUUGUUCUACCAUUACUACAUUUGAGGUGCGCGAAACCCCGAAGGAGAGCAACCAUGGCAUCAACUACAGCCACUAUGGGAAAUUUACCCAGUGGAUUCGGAAUAUGCACAACUAUUCCAGACAUUCUCUACCUACCGGAGCUUGUCUUUGGAGGUCUGGUAUGGAUCCUGGUGGCAUGUACACUGGUGGAUCCCGCCAACCCACAGGGCUGGGUGAUGUUCGUGUCCGUCUUCUGUUUCACCAUGACCUUCAUCUGGAUGUGCAUGUUCGCCUUCGGAGUGCAUCGCAACAGCGGGGGAUGGGCAGCUGCUGACUUUGCAUACCACGGCAUUGCAGCUUUCUUCUACCUCAGUGCCUCAGUGGCUCUCGCCAAAGUGACCCUGGAUAAUAAAAGUGGACUCCUCUUUAACUAUCGACUUGAUAUUUCUGCAGUGGUGUUCUCUUACGUGGCCACACUCCUCUACUUCAUCCACACCAUCUUUUCGGCCAUCAGGUGGAAGUCCUUCUAAACUAGAACGAUGCUAAAGGCCUCAGUCAAAGAGGUCUUAAAUCUACCAUUUGAAACCAUGGAGGGCUAUGGUGUACUGUACUGCAUGGCCUAUACCCUGAGGUAAAGAAGAAAUCUACCUGCUCUGCAUCCCAAUUCUCUAUCAUUCUCCUAAAGUGUGCACUCCCCCCUACAUAUUCAAAAGCAAAUGAUUGGUUUAAGCAUGGUUUAGACUAGAGGGAAUGGCCAUCAUAGGCCUGCAUGUCCUUUCUUUUUAAAUCCAUGAAGGGAAGUGACCAUAUGCACACUUAUGGUAGACGGGUAGAGAACUGGGAUGCAGAACCAGAUCCCUCUUGGAGGACUAACCAUAUGAAAGCAAAACUAUAAUUAAAAAGUAAUGAUGGGCUACUAAGUCAAAUAUUACAGUUACAACAUUUUUUAUUUUACCAUUUUUUACUUUUAUAUUUUUUUCAAUGAAUCUACCACAUUUUAUUGAACAACCCAGAAAUGUAAAAUGUAAUGAAAUGUUUUUGUUUGCUUUUUAUAUGCUUUGCCGCUGAUAGCAUUUCUGUAAAAUGUUGCUCUUGAUGGAUCCACGUACUGUUACGUUCUAAUAAAGGUGUUAUGAAACAUUGUAAGCC